AUGGCACGAAUAUCUCUAUUUAUCCUCCUCUUGGGGGCAUUUAUUUCUCUAGCAGCAGCAUCCGCGCCCACCUUUUGCAAAUGCACAUGCUUCAAGAACAGCACCAUCAUCCCUCUCGGUCCCAAAGACGAGUCCCUCCGCCGCUCCAUCGAUCUCCCUACAUUCCAGCUCGAGCCACGCUCAAAGUCGAAAUCAUGCUCCGAAUGCACCAAGGCCUUCUGUCUCAAGCAAGGCAUUGACUUUUGUAAAGACGCGACCGAGGAGGAUGUCUCGACCAUGUGCUUCCAGCGCGAUAGCAACAAGGACAAGAUCAUCGUCUGGGCUUUUAUCAUUGGGACUGUCGGGUUACUGGGCUGGGCUGCUUUCAAAAAGGUUGUGGCAAUGCGCCAGGGGGGUGCGUUUCCAAGACAGGGUAGCAACUAUGCUCCCAUGCAGGGAAACUUUCGAUGA